CAUUGCUUCAGGUUUCCAUACCACGCUCGUUUUAUCUAUCACCAUGAAGUUCAGUACUACUCUCUACACUCUCCCUGCAAUCGCACCUGUAGCCAUGGCGGCUCAGGCAUAUAUCCCUUACGCUUGGGCUCCCGAUAAUGCACUCAUCCACAACAAGCCCAUCUCCGCCAAUGAUGGUCGCUUCUACAUCAACAAGGACACCACCGCUGUUCCACCUUAUGGUGAGAACCCAGAUCUCUGGAAUACCACCAUCAUCACUGGCCCCACAGAGGGCGACCGCUUCUGGAUGGGCAUCACCGGCACCGGUGGCCAAGCUAUCUUCCUCUCAAAAUGGAGUCCCUUCCUGUCGUAUGCGAAGUGGGCUUUGGGAAGCAAAGAUGUAGACGGUGGUUGGCUGCCUGUUUACGGUACUGGUGCUUUGGACUUUGAGCUUGGUCAGACCAGUGAUGGACAGACUAAGCUUGUCAACAAUGGCAGAUAUGGAGGUGCUUUGACAACACCCUCGACGAAUGAGUGGAGUGCUUGUGUUGUUGGCGAUUUUCUUGAGGUUGAGGCUGGUAAGAGGAUUGAGUAUGGGUUGGAGUGUUAUGAUUUUGAGAUGGUGUUGAAGGUUUCGGAUGCGCCUGCCCCUCAGUACUAUCAUUACUGGGACGAGCUUUAGAUUAGACGGCAUGUUUGCGGGCUGGGUGAUGAGCUGAUGGGAGAGGAGAAAGGGGUCAUGUAUCAUGAUGACACGAUAUGAAGGUACAUAAUGCACUGAACAUAUAGAUCUGGAGCACAGUACCCAGCGGUAGCCGUGAAAAGAUUCGCCCAAAGAGGCGGAAAAGUGUGAUCAUAAUAGAACUAUGUACAAGAAAG